CGAAAAUGGAAAAUCGAAACUAAAACAGCGAUAUGACUUUAAACACUGUUCUCAUAUUUGUCAUUUUUUCAAAUCACCAAUCAAUAGAAGGUCACUUUGAUAAUACAAAUUCGGCAAAAUAUAAAAAGGACUUAAUUGAUAUAAUAAAAUCACUGAAUUAUGCAACGACGGACAAAAUUGAAGUUAAAACUAACAGAGUCGCAAAUAAAGAUAAUUCCGACGAAUUAUCCGAUGGUGAAAAGGAAAGGAAAUUACAAGAGAUAUUACGUUUAUUAAAGAGGAAUUACAAUGGAGAGAAACAUUACAACGAGCUACUGAAUAAACCAGUACAUUCAGGCGCCAGACUUUAUUUUAUAAAGAAUCCAGAAGUUCUAGACGAAUAUAGAAAUUAUUUGAGAAGGAAAAAGAUUCUUCCUUUAAGCUCUGAAGAAGUUGAUUAUGAAGGAGAAGAUGAUCAUGAAAAGUCGAAAGAAUCAAAAAGGCGCUCAGAAUUGAAAACAGGAUCCACUGAGCUGUCAGAAGCAAAUGAUUUCGACAGAGCUGAGUCACAAGAAUACAAAGAACCAAUAAACGAGACAUCAGUUGAAACCACACAAACCCUCCUAUCUGAUUAUGUUCAAGACAAACAAUCAGUAAUAGAUGAUGACGCGAUACAAAUACAACCAAAGAAAAUCGAUUUAAAAGACGUAGUUAAAGAAAUACUAUCUAAAUCAAAUGACGAGACGAUUACGUCUUUCGAAGAACACAAAAGUAGAGCGACAAACGAAAACGAUUUGGUAAGAAGAGAGAAGAUAGAUUGGGCUGAUUCGAAUGAAAAAAUCGAUAAAGAUAUAUCUGUAAAAGAUGUUAAAAUCGAGAAACCACAUAAAGCUACGAAAAAGAAAGCGAAGAAACACAAAAGCUCAGACGACAGGAAAGAGAAAAGAAUAUACGAUGAGCCUGUAAUAGAAAGGGAUGACAAUUACAAGCCUAAACCUAAAUUGAAUUAUAGAAAACCUAAAAUCGAUAGCAAGAAAGACUAUUUCAGCUACGGCAGAACUUCCAUUCCGUUUAUUGGUAAGAAGGGUAUUUAUGAAGAUAAAUAA